AUAUAAGUUUUCAGUCAUAAUCGUGAGUACAAACAAAAACAAAGAAACAAGAUGAACUACUUUGCAUUUCUUCUGGUGGUGAUCGGACUUUCUGCCUCUUCAGUAUUUGCCACAACCUACACAAUUUCUGGAUUCAGAGACACCAAUGGAGCUCGAUAUCAGAAGACCGUUCAAAAAUUCAUCAAAGAAGCGCAAGAUGACCUCAAUGACAAUUUUUCGACAAUGUUUGUUGCUAAAUCUUAUCAAAGAGCAAUUGAAGAUUACGACAUUAUCUUAGUCAAGAUCCAAGUUGGUAGGAGACGAUACAUCAAUAUGGCAAUCAGAGAAACUUUCGAUUCUCCUACUUAUCUUACUUCCAUCAAAUAUAUUGGUUCAAAAGAUUUCAUCCUAGAAGUUACUGCGACUCUUCGACCUCGGGAAUAAUUAAAACAAUUGUCAUUUUUGCAAAAGAUCAUAUUUUGUUUAUUAUAAACCUGUAUAUUUUUCGGUAUCUUUACAACAUUUUUCUUCACAACCUCAUAAUUAUGUACUUUUUACAUUAGUGUGUUUUUGUUGUAGUUGGUUUGUGUAUUAUUAAAUUGAAAAAUAAAUA